AGGCGCGACCUGGGCCCGAUAUUUAUGCAUACAUUGAUCAGCAAGAUUGAUGUGACUCACUCCCCCUCGUAUCCAGAGAGUAUAAGAACCACAGCUCCGCAGCAAAACAACCUUUUCAAUUGACAUCUAUCUUGCUUAAAUUCCAAUUACCCUUCCCAACCAGGAUCAAUUCCAUUCAGGAAGAAAACAAAAUGCCCCUCCCCAAAUCCCCCAAACAAUGGACAAAACAAACCAGGGGCCAAUUCUUCCUCAUCUCCACAGACAACUCGCUCCUCUCAAUCCCAGCAAUAAACGCCGCGCUCGCAUCUGAUACUAUCUACUGGGCUACUCCAUUCCCGGAGGAGGUACUGCAGGGAAUAGUUGAUAAUUCGUUCUGUUACGGGCUUUACAAAACAACAUCGCCAAGCCAAAAUACAGCCACAACCGAAGUCCCAAAUAGAAGUGAAAAUGAAGGUGGAAACGAUGGUAGUCUGCAUUCAGGAGUAGAGCAGAUUGGGUUCGCGCGCCUCGCUACGGAUUGGUAUACCUUCGCCUACUUAACGGAUGUGUACAUUCUGCCAGAGUACCAGGGUUUUGGACUGGGCGGGUGGCUACUCGACUGCGUUGAUGAACUUGUGCAGGCGAUGCCGUAUUUGAGGUGGCUUAUUCUGCGAACGGGGUCGGAGAAGAGUGUUAAGUCUUAUGAGAAGAGAAUGGGAAUGGAGAUUCUUGCCAAUGGUGAUGUUGCGAGCGGGACUGUGUGUAUGGGAAAGAGGGGGAAGGGGAACCUGGUGUGAUUUGAAUGUUUCUUUUUUUCUUUCUUCUUUGCUUUUGUUUUCCUUUUAUUUUUCUUUUAGAUGGAUGGCAUUUAUUAUACAGAACUAGAAUUAGACUAGCAAAA